AUGACCAUCUGCUUCGGCUUCUUCAUCACGAUUUCCUAUCCGCUCACGAUCUGGUUCACUAUGGCAAAUUGUUGCCGGCCGGUAUCUUAUUUCUGGAAUAAGUUUAGCGGCGCCAAAGGGACAUAUAUCAAUGCCAACCAGCUCUUUCUCGCGCUAGGGAUUAUCAACAUAUUAAGCGAUUUCAUCGUCCUCCUGAUCCCCUUCCCGCGGAUCGUGGCGCCGCAAAUGAGCAUUCGGAAAAAGAUGGCUAUUUGUGGGAUUAUGGCUGUCGGCGUUUUUGCCUGCAUCGCCAGCAUUGUCCGAAUCUACUACCUUUCCCUCUUCAUGAACGCAGCCGACGUCAAUUGGCUCAUGGGCCCGGUAUUGCUGGUCCACGAUCGAGCCGUGCAUUGCAAUCGUCUGCGCCUGUCUACCACAACUAGUGCCUCUUGCGCGGCAAGUUUACCAAUCCGUUUUAACUAG